AUCAAUGCCAGGAUCAUUUAUCUCAAAAUAACAUCUCACAAUUGCUAACAGAGUCUACAAGUUCAAAUGACGAUGUUUCACAAUUACAAACAGAGUCAACAAGUUCAGGUGAUGAUAUUUCACAAGUGCCAAAUGAUUUUAAUGAUUUCAACGAAUUAUCUGAAUCUACAAGGUCUCCUGCAAGUGAAUCUUAUGACCUUGGAAAUCUUAUGGUAAAUAAUCCCUGGAGGACCUCACAAACAUACAUGACUCAAGAGUAUUCAAACAACACAAGGCUAAUUAAGGACAUUAUGUUUGAAGGAUUACAACUUCUUCAACAAGUAAAUCUGUUAGAUGCACAAUCUCCAGCAUCAAGCGUCCGACCUUGGGCGGAUUCCCAACAUCUGACAAGUUCAUUAAUGGAUAUUAAUACGCAAGAGAAUAUAAGCAUGGCAGAAGGUGAGAAAGUUGGUUUAUACUGA